UAAUCCAAGAUUUGCGAUGACAACCAAAGUCCCGAUGGAUCCCAGUGAUACCAGUGAUAGAAAUGCAGACGCAAAUACAGAUGUAAUCGUAGCAACUAAUCCACAAUUUGCAGUGGCAACGAAGACCCCGAUGGAUUCCAAUACCAGUGAUGCAGAACCAAAUGCAUACAUAGAUAUAGAGCAUGAUUUUUACCCAGGGACUCCCAAAAGUCCCUUUCCUGUUACAAAUUUUUCAGAGACUCUGGAUAUUUCGGAGACCACUGUAAUGAGCACCACAAUGACCACUGUUAUGGGCAGCUCCCAGCCUGUCAUUAGAAGUGGGACAGCUGAUAACCUCAUCCCUGUCUACUGCUCCAUUUUGGCAGCUGUGGUGGUGGGUCUGGUGGCAUAUAUUGCCUUCAAGAGGUGGAACAGCUGCAAACAGAACAAACAAGGUGCCAACAACCGUCCUGUCAACCAGACGCCUUCCCCAGAAGGAGAGAAACUUCAUAGUGACAGCGGCAUCUCGGUUGAUAGUCAAAGCCUCCACGAUCAACAGCCACCAACACAAACAGCAUCUCUACAAGGUCUUAAAGGAGAUGGGAAUCUUUACACUAGCCUGCCCCCUAACAAACGCGAGGAGGUUGAAAAGCUGUUGAACGGUUCCACAGAGGAGACAUGGCGUCACCUGGCCGGAGAACUAGGCUACAAGGAAGAUCACAUAGACUCCUUUACACAAGAGGAAUACCCCGUCCGUGCGCUGCUCUCUGAUUGGUCCAGCAAGGACAGUUCCACCAUGGAUGCCCUUUAUUCAGCCUUGCGCAAGAUUCAAAGGGGGGACAUUGUGGAAAGCCUUUACAGUGAAUCCACUGCUAGCUCUCCAGUGUGAAGGAGGAAGAGGGGGCAGAGGUUAGCUCUCAGUUAGCUCCUCAUUUCCCCUGCCCCACUGGUGCCUCUUGGAAGAAGAACAUGUGAAGGAAAAAUAGAGCUCAUUCUUUCCGGGGACACUGGAACAAUCCUGUAAGCACUGAUUGUUAUUUAGUUAUUUUUCCCUCUCUGCCCUACCGUCCUGGUAUUUUCGUCCAAUAGUUCCUGCUAGUAACAGAUAAUAAGAUGGUAAAAGCAAAUGAAAGAAGGGAAAGGAAAUGGAUGUCUUGUUUAUACUCUAUAUGCUCCUUAAAAUCUCCUGGACCUAUAGUGGACUGCUGAUUCUGAACUGAGACAAGAAUGAAGAAAGACAUCCGUCCAAAGCGAAUUGCUUGACUUCUCUUCCAGGUGCCUCUGACAUUCAUCCCAUGUGCUUCUCUCAUGAUCCCAUCGACAUUAGUUCUCUUUCUUCUCUUGUACAUCUUCUUUCCUUCAGCCACCAGUUUACCCUAUUCAAGCACAUCUGAAAUCAGGAAAAAAACAAACCAAGGAGACCAGCCCGAUAUGCUACAGAGUGAUGAAGGAUUCAAAGAAGGCAGAGAGAGCAGGAAUGCUGGGCCUGAAACUAGGAGACAUAUGGUGUUUAGAGGACAAAGUGAACAUUUGUUUUGAGGCAACCUCCUGGAGGGUCUCUGAGUGGGGAGAAAAGAAAUGUGGACCAGGUUUCUAGCUAUCAAAACUGACAAUAUGAAGAUCAAAGUGAGAAGUUAAGGGAUGGAACCCAAAGAGAAAAUAACCACAUUUCCAUCCAAGUAUUGGUGACCACAUCAAGACUAUAUUUGAUCCUACCCUUGUUUUCUUGCUCAGAUUCAUUCUUCCUAGCUAAUAAGGAUUUUUUUUAAAAAAACACCUUUUCUCUUUUUCUCUUUUUGGGUCUGACUCAAACCAGUUUAAAGUCAUAUAAACCCUUGUUUAAAGGAGCCAGAUAGUGGCCGCCUUGCGUCGCCAUGUGCAAAUGGGUGG